AUGGGGCCACCGCCUCAGCAACAACAGCAGCUGCCACCGCCACCGCCACAGCAGCCGUAUUACGGUGGCAAUCAAGGCGGAGGGAUGGGCUACAACCCGAAUAUGCGCGGUUCUGCCCCACCGCCGCCGCCACCGCACAUGGAGCCAUCGCCGAGCUUCGUCAAUAGCGCACCGCAGCAGCCACAGCAGGGGAUGAUGCGCGGGGAUAGCGGCUAUGGCCCUGAUAUGGACAGCAGUUCACCACCGCAGAACAACGGCUAUCGUGCUGGCCAGCCACCUCCGCCGCCUCUACAGCACCCGCAGCAGAUGCACAUGCAGUUGCCUCUCCUACAGCAGCACUACCAAGCCAACGGUGGCUACGGCGGUGGUGGCGGUGGGCGUGGGAUGGGUGGUGGGGUGCAGAACCCGAACAUGCAGAUGCAACCACUCCCACAGCAGCAGCAGCACAUGAUGGGGGGCGGCAGCAAUGCACCAAACAGUUCAAGCCGUGGCAUGAUGGGGGCAAUGGGAGGCAACAAGCAAAUGCAGCCGGGCCCUCCACCCCCACUGCAACAGCAAUCGCAGCCUGGAAUGAACAGCAACUGGGGCUCGCCGCUGCAACCACCGACGCACAUGCCGCCAAACUUGUCUCCGCCGCCGCAGGGGCAGCCACAGAUAGGUGGCAUGCAAUACGUCGGCGGUGGCCCGGUGCCGAUGGUGGGCCGUGGCCGUGUUCCUGGGCCGCGCAUGGGUGUCGGUAGCAUGGGCUCGAUAGGUAACAGCAUGGGCGCUCCGCCACCGGCGCUACCACAGCAGCAGCGCCAGCCGCCGAGUGUGAUGGGCGGUCUUGGUGGCCCGCAGCAGAUGCCGGGUAGCGGCAACAUGAACCCACAGAUGAUGAUGCCACCAACACCGCAAGGUGUGCAAGGGCCCAUGAUGCAGCAGAGCGGCGGUGUCCCGGGCAUGUACGCUGGAGGCAUGGAUGCCAACAUGAUGGGCGCGAUGGGCGGUCCUCCGAUGGCGGGGUACAUGGACGCUGACCCGCGUGGCGAUCUCGCCCCACAACAGACCCUCUACGAGUUCCUCAUGGAGAAGCGACUGCUGCGCAAGACAACCCUGAGCACCUUCUUCCCUGAGGACUACGACGCGAAGCGCGACAGCCGCAUCACGAUUGCAGUGGACGGCAACUACAUGAUCACCAACCUCCGCGCGCAGCUGCAGCGCACCGAUCCGCUUUGGUUUCUGCAUUCCUGCCUGCCUGACUGUCUGCUGUCGCUUGUGCACAAGCAUGUGGAACAGAUGCGUGCGCACCACCUGGAGCCGUUAUGGGUGCUGAACGGUAUUAGUAUCAAUGGCGAUGUGGAGGCAUUCUUGCCGAGCCCGGACGAGCUGCACUCGCGCGAUGCAGUGUGGGCGAAGCUGAACGAGGGCCUCGAGCUCCCCACGCAGGACGAGAUUACGGAGGCCUUUGAGACGUCUUCGGCCGUCGGCGAGGACGUUCUGCGAGCCAUUCAGCGCUUCUUGCGCACAGAGGAGAACGUGGUCUGCGUGACGGCGCCGUUCCUCAACUGGUGCCAGAUGUGCACCCUCCACAAAGAAGGCAUCGCGCAGCUGCUGAUGGGCCCUCCGGAGAUGCUGAUGGUGCCCUACGACGACAUGAAGGCGAUUGCCGAGGUGAACCUGCAGACGAGCGAGGUGGCUUAUUACGACCGCGACGAGGUCCUGCGCGAGCUCUUCCCACGUUAUGUGACGGAUACGUCCACCGCCGCGGCUGGCGAUCGCUUUCUCGACUUUGGGUUGCUCAUCGCCUCGCACCCGGCUAUCACGACCGCCCACGCGAGUGUGCAGCUGUCGACGCAGAGCAUCUACGAGGAGCUGUCGACGCCGCACCCGAACUUCAACACCCUUCGCGAGUUCAUUGACCAGUACGAGUACCCGCAGAACCAGAAUGAGCGCCCCAAUCUUGAGAAGCUGAAGCACUCGAAGGGUCGGACGUACAUCCAGUACAGCCCCGUCUUCUCCAACCAGGUGACGUCGGAGUCUUCUCUCGUAUACUUCAAGCGCAUCCUAGACCCCAGCCUGACGAACGCUAACAUGCCCAACAAUCUGUCUGGCGUGUUUGGCUACCUUGUGCCGCUGUCCCUCUUCUACUUUCAGUUCACUGGCCUGCUCUCGGUGGGCCUCAUGACCGCCGUCACCCAGCUUUACAUCCGCGAUGAGUUCCCCGUCGCCGACACGGAGGAGUACCACCACUUACUGCACCCUCUCAUGGCACUACGCGGGCAGAUCAUCUCGCAGAUGGUCUCUCGUAUCAAGGCGGAUGCGCACGGGCAGCGCCUCGGCAAGAUCUCAUGGGUGCGAUGGUUCGACUCGAUUCUCAUGAGUGUGCUGCCGCCUGAUCGUCUCAUCGUGCUGGACGAGUGGAACCUUAAGAAUUCGCCGGAGCUUGCCAGCGUGCCGGAUGAUCAGCUGGAGAACAUCGACAUGUCCAUGGUGUUGUCGCUCAAGUCGUCGGUGAUGUGCAUCCCGGCGCCGCAGACGCCGCCUAACGCGUCCCCUCGUGAUGCGCCGAUCUUAUACCAUGGUAAAAAAGAGACCUUCUUCGCCAUUUUGCUCAAGACGUUUGACUUUGUCGGCUACUUUUCCCACUCCGCAGAUCCGAUGGAUGGCGCCGAGUUGGUGUCGGAGCCGGUGCAGGCGAUGGUGCAGGGCCAGUCCGCCCCCGAGGACCAGAGCAACGGCUUGGACGGCGGCAAGGACGACCUCCCCGAAAGCCCCUCAGACCCGAACAUGGCCGAGCAGCGCGUCUUCUUCACAGCUUACCUUAGCAUCUCCCUCGAGCGCUGCCCACAGGAGUUCCAGUGCGCGCUGGUGCGUUUCACCGAGCUUGUACGUGUCAGCACUAUCAACUCCAUCGCCUUCACUUUCGCUGAUACCAUCGAGCUACAGCACGACGAGGACGGCGCGCUGGUCGACCCACCGGAGGUGCUGCUGGCGACGCGCAUUGCUUGCCUUGUGUCGGUGCCGUAUCAGGAGAAGGCGGACGAGGAGUCGGCGUUCGAGUGGGCUCCGGUGUACAGCCGCCAGCUGUGUGCCUUCACCGUCAUGUCACGUGUUAUGAACCGCAGCUUGCGAGUGUUAACGGAGGCCAUCGCCGCCGCGCUGUUUCUCUCCGGAUUUAGUGACUGCUCGCUGGAGGACUACGACAGCAUGGCGCCGCUGCUCCCUUUCGGCGACGUGCCCAGUUCACUCGGCGGCCUACUACUGCACUACGUCCUCGUCUUCCCGCCUGACUACGAGGCGAAUUGCCAAACGCCGGAGGAGCGCUGCCACUUGCUUGAGACGAAGUUCAAGGCAAUCCCGAACAUCCAGACCCAGCUGCGCCGCGUCAUGGAGUUUACCUUCCACGCACUCUACCUGCUCAACGUGUACAUCCUGCGCGACCCGAGCAUUGUGAGCUCGCCGGAGCUCGUCGAGACGGACGUGGUAGCGAACGCGCUCAACCUGCUGCAUGAGAAGUGGGAGCUGCACCUCGACGGGCCGGCCCCGGAGGACGUGCAUGGCUACUUCCAAUUUGAGUAG